GCGUCCGUAGCUGUCAGCGUCCGUUAUAAACCUACGCGGAACGCUUCGUGGCAUAAAGCACGACGCAGCCUUCUUUGGGGACUUGCGGAAAAAAACUCAGGGAUUUAUUAGGUCCCUCCCGUCCGAUGUCCUGCAUGCCCUGCCAGUCUCGCUUGAUGAACAAAACCGUUGUCCACCACCUUAUGGGCGGCAGCAACUUACAACCUAGACUUCUACGACGCUAGAGGAAUACACCUUCUCGGUCGUCAUUAUGGACGAGGCCCAGACUCGGCGGCGCAACACGGUUAAUGCGCUACUAGAUGGCUACGGGAGCCUGUCGGUUCCGCAGCUUCUCAUGUCAACAACACCUGACUUUUACCAUCAGGUAUUACCAGAAAGCUUAGGCAUGAUGCCCCGAAAUAGGGAGGCGUUCGCCCAGCACGCCGCCGGCAUCUUCAACGUAUUCGACGAAUUCAGAAUGGUCCCGAAGUCAAUCGUCGAUGACGGGCCAGGGAAUAUGGCAGUAGUCCACGCACGAAUGCAGGGAAUGCUAAAGGGGGGAGCUGGAGAAUGGAUAAACGAAUGCGUAAUGAUAAUCCAGUUAUCCCCUGACGGCACUCGGGUUUCCAGGGUGACAGAGUUUGUGGAUAGCGCAAAGGCUUUAGAGAUGGCCCGGAAACACGCGCCGGAUAACUUUGACGUGAACUACGCAAAGCUAGACGGUGGUAUGGGGACGAAGAAAGGGGCCAGGAACGAAACGACGGGCUCCAAAUCGAUGGUACUACUAUUUGGGUUGGGACUAGCACAGGUUAUCAUGGUAAUCUUUUUGUUGUAUCUAGGUCGGCGGGCCAUCUUUUGAGUUUCUAAAGGGAGUUGAAAUCAACUCUAUUUCUAGGUUCUUAUAGUAACAAUCUUUACU